CACAUGACCAGGCGUGUUUACACCUGCAGGAGAGGACCCACUGCGCACACCGCGAUUUCGCCACUGCCUCUCUGUCAAACCAACACAAGGAUUUAUCCUUGUGUCAGGACGGGACUCUCUUUGAGGACACUCUGUGGGAGUCGGUGACUCCAGGGAACCUGUGCUCACCUUCCCUCACUGGCUUCAGGAAGCCCGUCUGCCUGAUCACCACCAUGGACAACACAGACGUAGAACAGGUGACUCUGGCCCUGCUAGAUGCUGCCAAUGAUAAAGACUCUGAGGUCCAGGAUCAGGUCAGAAAGUCCAUGUUGACUUUGGGAAAACAGCAGCCAGACAGAGUGCUAGCGAUGUGCCAGGACUACCUCCUGAAACACCCCAAGCUGGUAGUGACUCACAGAGUUGUGAUCCUUCAGACCAUUGAGCUGAUUGUUGGCUGCAGGAUCGAGGAGAUCAGUGCUCCCAGGAUAAAGAGCAUUAUCUCCCUAGCUUCAGACGAAAUGACCAGAUCCAAGGAAGUCAUCCCUGACUGGCAGCAGGCAGCCGGUAACAUCUUGGUUGCUGUGGGAAACAAAUACAUCAAUGACAUCAUGGAGGAGAUACUAAGCAAGUUCCAGCCAGGCGUCCUGCCUCACUUCUUCGUGGUGCAAACACUGGCCAACCUCUCCGACUCGAACGUUUAUGGGAUGGUACCGUUCCUGAAUGCCAUCCUGGGAACCAUGUUGCCAAUGCUGUGCAUGGCCAAACAGGACAACAUGAAGUGGGUCUUUUCCUCUGCGCUGUGUCAUUUCAGUGACAGCAUCCUGGAGUAUUUGGCCAACCUAGAUAAAGCUCCAGAUCCCACAGUCAGAAAAGACACGUUCUCCGGGGAAAUCUAUGCGGCUUUUGACAUCCUCUUCAAUAACUGGUUACAAAGCAGAGAGCCCAAGCUGAGGCUGACAGUGGGUGAGGCAGUGGGCUCCAUGUGUCAUCUGAUGGCCAGCGAUAAACUGGAGGAGCAGAUCCCCAGAGUUAUCCCCGCCAUCGUGUCCCUGUACAAGAAAAACACCGAGCACUAUGUCAUCAGUAAGAGCUUGUGCCAAGUCCUCGAAGCCUCGGUCAGCAUCGGCAGCAGAGUGCUGGAGACACAGCUGGACGGUCUUCUCCUAGCACUGCAUCAGCAGGUUUCUGCUCCGGUUGAUUACGGUGACCCCCCCACUGUCAAGAACCAUAACGAAGCCUUGCGUUGCUUCAGCUUGCUGGCCAACUCUUUUCCAGACCGUCUGGUUAUGUAUGUUCUGCAGAAGUUGGAGAACAGCAAUGAACGAAGCAGGAUGGGCUCCCUGGCAGUGCUUCGUCACCUCAUAAACUCCUCUUCGUCUACAAUGGAGAGCAAAAAGCUUCUUAUCCUGGCCAGUAUUAGACAGCCUAUGGCCGACCACAGCAACAAGGUGAAGAAGCGUGUGGUGCAGGUAAUCAGCGCCAUGGCUCAUCACGGUUACCUGGAAUUAGAGGGAGGGGAAUUACUGGUCCGCUUCAUAGUUCAAAACUGUGCUCUACAUGACACCUACCAGUCCCACCAAAGACCCACUUCUGAUCCAGAGGAGGUGACUAAUGAAGCACUAAGGACAAUGUGUGACAGCACCCUCCAUCUCCUAACCACCACCGUUGGCCGACUAGCUGAUGUGCUUUGGCCCAAGCUGCUGUACUACCUGACACCUUCACAGUACAGCAAUGCCACUACUCCUCUCUGUAAGAGUCUCAUAGUGUUGGGGAACAAGAAGAAAGCCAACCAGGAGCCCAGUUUCAAGAUAGAUUUCACACAGGAGGUUAAUCUUCCAUCUCCUCAAACCCUAAUGAUCAGACUGCUGGUCAACGCUGCAUUUCCUUUUAACAACAGAGGUCAUGGGGCCCCAUCCCUCUCGCUCCUACAAAUCCUCAGCAUCAACAUUCACCCCAAUACAGAGGCAGUCUGGGAGAAAGAAAUACCUCCUAUGCUUUCACUAUUGGAAGAGUCAACAGCAGAGAGUCUGGAUAAGAAGCUCUGGGAUGAGAAACUGCUGGAGCUCUUGUCUAAAACCUUGACAGCGAUUGAUGAUGACAAGUGGGUUUGUCAGUUUGCUGCGGAAGCAACAAGAUACCUCGCUACAUACAACAAUUACCUGGAGGAAAAGAGCUUCCUGUAUCGAUGUAUCGGAGUGACUCUCCAGCAGUGUUUCAAUAAGAAGGUUGUAAAGAAGCAACUACAGGAAGUUCUCCUCGCAGCGCGACACAACGAUGCGAUUGAGCGAGAGGGAGUUGCCACGGGUGUCGGUCUGUGUGCCAACAGCCAUUUAGAGGGAACCUUAGCCAAGCUAGACGAGUUUGGCAAAUCGGAUGCCUUUAAGAAGUCUCCAAGCAUCUUCAACCUACUCAAAGAGCGUAAUGAAGUGGAGGUGGAGAAGGUGAAGAGCACAUUAAUCCUGUGCUACGGCCACGUGGCUCUGAACGCACCGUCAGAGAAGAUUCUUAACCGCAUUGAUCAGGACAUCUUACGCAGCAUCAGUAAACACUUCAACACCAAGGUUCUUGGGAUUAAAGUAGAGACGAAGGACCUGACCAUGAAGCUUAGUUUGAUCCAGAGUGUCGGCCUCAUAGCCAAAGCCAUCAGUAGGUGUGUGAAGAAACAAGGCUACAUCUUCUCCCGCAAACAGGAGCUCAUCACUGUUAUGCUGGAUUUUAUGAAGUCUGAGCCCUCUGAUUCAUUAAGGACUCCCUUACGCCCCCUGGUGAUGACCACCUGCGCCAACCUGAUGCCCCUGGACCCUCCGCUAAGCGAGAACGAGAGCUUUGACUUGCUAAAGGUGUGUGUGAACGGAGUUUUUUCUCUGCCGCCCGACACACACACUCCAGAGAAAACGAAGGACGAGGAAAACCUCGACCCCAAGCAGAGAAAGGCUUUGUACAACGACACAUUGGGGGCUUUGCAGGAGCUUCUGAGGAGCGUUCUGGCCCGGGAUCCCAGUCCUGAUGGCCUGCAGAGUAUCUUCAAGCACAUUGAAUCAUGGCUGGGCUCUGUACACGACCAUGAGAGGGAGAGGGCCAUCACGGCCACCUCUAAUCUACUGGCUUUCUAUCUGGAGAGCCUGAAUGUCAAGAGCAUGGUGUCGUUCCACAACCUUGGAGCGCUGCUGGGUCGGCUGUCUCCCCGCUGCUCCGACCCUCAGCCAGCUGUACGGGCGGCUGCCGUCAACUGCAUCUACACACUACUUUGUAUACAGCUGCGAUAUGAAGGAUUCUCAUUGGAUUAUAAAGACGAAGCUGUUGAAAGUCUGCUAUCUUUAAAAGAAGCUCUAGAAAAUCCUGACCAUUCAGUCCUUUACAAGACCUGUUCAGAGCUCACAAAGGUGAUGAGUAAGCGUCUGCCUCAGCAGCAGCUGACAACGCUGGUCUUCAUGUUGUUUGAAGGGCUGGUGGACAGUCAAACAAACUGCUGCAGAGCUUCAUCCGUCAUCUUAAAUACAAUGCUGAAAAACAGGGGAGCCGGAUUACAAGACCUGGUCCCAGAGAUGUUGGAGGUUCUGCACGUUCGUCUGCAAAGCGUUACAGAGGACCAGGUGAGAGUAGCAGUGGGGCAGACUGUGCUGAUCCUGGCUUCUCAGCAUCUGCAGACUGUCAUUAAUACUUUAGUCAACCAACCACUUCCCUAUGAUAGCUGGACCAGUGAGAUGUGGAUGGCUCUGGGAGCAGAUCCCAUUGUAGCCAAUCAGAUCAUAGAGAUGGUGAUGGAGAAGCUUGCCAUCACGGCUCCCUAUGUUGACAAGAAGGAGUCAAUGAUGAGGGGAGGCAUGACAAAAGUGGCCACCAAUCAGCCACUGGCUAUGACUUGUGGUCUGAAGGAGUUGUUGUUAAAUGGUCAGAGUCAGGAGCCAGCAGUCAGCCUGUUCCCUCAGCUCUUCUCCUGUCUGACCAUCAGGCUGGGAGCGAGCGUCGGAGUCAUGCCACCAAGGGACAACACUCAGAAGCACUUUAUCUCCCUGCAUGUAGCAGGGGUUGCCGCUGAGGCUCUGAGAAUCCUGCUAGCACGCGCUCAGUUGGAUGAGGUGAUGAAACGACUGGAUGAAGAUAAUGCCUGGGAUGCAAUGAAGGAGCAAAAUACACACAUUACAGGAGUAACGCUAUUAGCAAGAGCCUUGGCUAAGCAUGCUGGUCCCAGGUUGCCUGCGAUCGUUGAGAGCCUUUGUCCGUCCCUGAACAACAUCUAUGAGUGUCAAAGAAUUACGGUCACCACUUUCUUUUCUGAGCUGUUGAACCAUCAUGUGGUGACCGAGUUGAUGUUGAUAGACGUGUUGAUGAACAACAUGAUGGAGAGGAUUUCAGAUCCCUGCUGCACGGUUCGCAUGUUGGCUGUGCGAGGACUGGGCAACAUAGCAGUGGGAUCGCCAGAAAAGGUCAAUAAAUACGCCAAGGAGCUGCUUGCAGCCAUGAGUUCAGGAAUGGAGGAGAAAGAUGAUCCGGGUAAACUGAUUACCCUUGAAGCCAUGUCUGGUCUGUCUAAAGUUCUUCUCCACCUGGACAAGAAGAAUGUCCACUUACUGGUGGUCUACAUCUUCAUGAAGAUCAAACCUUUCUUAGAAAGUGACAACGAUGACAUCCGUUGUGCUUCCAUCCUUCUAAUGGGCAACCUGUCCAAGUUCGGCUCAGGGGAGCCGGUAUUCAAAGACCAGAUCCAUAAUGUCCUGGUCAGCUUACUGUUGCACCUGGUGGACCCAAACACAGAAGUGGUCAAGGCAUGUAAAUACGCAAUGCGAGUGUGUGCUCCUGUUGUUGGAUCGGAGCAGAUCACCACCAUGUUUCAGAAUCACCUACAUGAAGACAAGAGUUUGCACUAUGGAGAGUUCAUCAAUGACCUCACAAAGUACCUGAUUCAGGACUUCCCCGGCAUGCUGAACUUCUACCACAUCUCUGUCAUCCAAUUCUUCAAGAGCAACUGGCCUGAAGUCAGAGCUGCAGCUGCCAUGUUUAUAGGGUUCCUCCUUGGGAAUAUUCAACAGGAGCACCUAUCUCACCUUAACAUGGGCACUGUCUCCAAAGGUUUAGUGAUGCUGCUCCAGGACCCGGACCCUGUGGUGAGGGCAAAGGCAGCUGAAGCUAUGGGCCACUUCCAUUGACCCACAGUCAGCUGUGGAGAAGCAGGAGAGUUGUUUUGUUUUUCUUAGUCUUCAUUGGUCUAUUACCACUGAAUAAAUAAAUGUAAUAAAAAAAAAUCAGAAAAUUAAAGUUUUAAGUUUACAAAUGGUCCAAUGUUAAAACAUGCAGCCAUUAUAUAAAACCAUCUCAAUAACUUAACAUCAAUGAAAACCAAACUUGAAUGAGACUGUAGUUGAAGAGUAAAUAACCAAUCUUAUUUAUACUGUAUCAACCAAUGAAAAGUGAAAAUUCACUGUCGUAAAAAACAAAAAUGUACAUUCAGUUUAGAGUUAGCAGCUUCUUCCACCUUUUUUU